CCGCCUCUUUGAGCGCGCUGGAGGCUUUGACGUCAGCGAGCGGCGGCGGGAAACGCGGGAGCCUCGGCGCGCCCGUGGGAAUGGCGGAGCCGGAGUCGGAUGCGGGCAGCGACGAGGUGGUGCUCACGCCGGCCCAGCUGAUCUGCAGCUUGGAGGAGGCUUGGAUGAAUGAGAAAUUUGCCCCUGAGCUGCUAGAAAGCAAAACAGAAAUUGUUGAUUGUGUCAUGGAGCAGCUUGAACACAUGGAAGAGAAUUUGAAACGAGCCAAACAAGGGGACUUAAAAAUUAGUAUUCAUCGCAUGGAAGUGGAAAGAAUCCGUUAUGUUCUUAGCAGUUACUUGCGCUGCCGACUUCGCAAGAUUGAGAAAUAUUUCCCCCAUGUCCUAGAGAAGGAAAAGACUCGGGCAGAAGGAGAACCAUCCAUCCUGUCCCCAGAAGAGUUUGCCUUUGCCAAAGAGUACAUGGCAAACACAGAGAAUCAUCUCAAGAACAUUGCACUGAGACAUAUGCCUCCAAACCUUCAGAAAGUUGAGUUCCUCAAAGCCGUUCCCAAGCCCAACCUGGAUGCCUUCGUCUUCUUGAGAGUGAAGGAGAGACAGGAAAAUAUAAUGGUGGAUCCGGAGCAUGAUGAGCAGAGAGACUACGUGAUCGACUUGGAUGAAAACUCCCAACAUUUGAUCCGCUACAAGACAAUUGCUCCCUUGGUGGCCUCUGGGGCAGUUCAGCUCAUUUAGAUCAGGUGGAUUCACCCAGGCCUUUUUGCCCAGAUACCAAUCGUAAGACCGAUCUCUGUGCCUGGGGAGCCCAUGCUUGACGAUCCCUCGUGUCUAACCUUGGAAAUUCAAUUCAACCGGUUUGAUUCCAGCACCAGAUGCCCGAAUGACUGUUAGUGCUGCUGAAACAAUGGUGUACAAUCCCAUCCCUGGAAAAUGGGGUCCUAUCCACACCAAAGAAGGGGAGGGUGCCGGCCUUGGAGAAAAGAUCUGGGAAGUGGAAUGCUGUAGUUCAGCAACUGGGCUGCUCAAAGGGCAUAUCAUUUACCUAUCCAGCAGGUGGCAGUAGGCCUGUUCUGGAAAGGCCAGGUUCAAGCAAUGGAAUGAAAAUAUGUCAUUGUACAGCAAAGAGUGGGCAAUUUUAUUGUCUGGGAGAACAUUUUUUGCCAGUCAUCCAGAGCUGCAAGGCAUGGCAGGAAGGUCACCGGAGAGGCCAGUCUGAAGCUGUUGAGUUUUUUUUUUUUUAAUUUGGGGAAGGAGGGUUUGAGGGAAAGAGGCGUGUCUUACCCUGUAGCUCCUUAAAAAAUGUAUUUUUAGUGCUUUCAUUGCAGCAUUAAAGAAAAUCGACAGGAAGCAUCAGGGACCUUGGUGACAAAAUUGCAGAUGAAUGCUAAGUUAUGCACAAUUGCAUCACACACUACACUCCCCCAGUCUCUUGGCAGAUAUGUCAGACUGCAGUUUCCCCCAUCUUCCACAAGUCCAUUGUGUUGUACCCAGAGAAUGUACGAGAGGGAGGCAGGUCAGGGGAUGAUGGGGUUGCUGAAAUGUUCAUGGAGAAAUUGGGAAAAAAUAAUUUAACACCAACCUAAGCACCAGGCUCAGAAAAGCAGCUGUAAGAAAUGCAUGAAUGAACUGAGCAGAAACAUCUAUUCAAGAGGUUUUAACAUGCAGUACUUUCCUAUUUGGGUAAUGUGGCUGUGUAUAACUUUUGGAUGUGACUCAGAAACAAUGGGAGUGAAUCUACAAAUAGCAUUAUCUCCCAGUUCAAAACUGCUGGUGGGAGUCAAUGCAAGACUUAAAUGGCAUAAAUUACAGUUUGAAGAUGCCUUGGGUUUGCUUCCGUUAAACUCAAGUGAUCAUAUUGUUCUACAUCAGUGGUUCUCAACCUUUCUAAUGCCGUGACCCCAUAAUGCAGUUCCCCAUGUUGUGGUGACCCCCAACCACUUAUACAUCACUGGGUGCCAGGGGUGUGGCCAAAGAAAAGGGGAAAAAUGGUGGACAGCCUUGUUUGGCGACCCCCGUGAAAUGGUCGUUCGACCCCAAAUGGGGUCCCAACCCACAGGUUGAGAACCACUGUUCUACAUAGUUGACCUUGAGAUUCCAAAAUUCAAAGAAGACAGUGUUGUGCUGAAAUAUUUCAUGGGCCAGAAUUUCAUAUCGGUUCCAUUAAUUAGGCCUAUAGAAUAAGUAGUGUAAUGUAAUGAAAAAUAAAUAGUGCCCUCCGUGGCUGAAUGAGGUAUUGUAUACUUUGGAUGAAAUAGGCAAUAUAAUGGAAUUAAUAGGACAUAAUACCAUUUUGUGGCCUGGAUAUUUUCUUUUUUGUACUGUUGAGUCGUUGCCUUCUGGACUAGUGCCUCGUUUCCUUCCAAGUGUCCUGGUUUCCAGCCUGGUGCUUUAACCACUACAUCAAAUCUUUCUUUAGCAAAAACUGGACCAUGUACUACUACUGAUACAUUAUACUACUUCUGUAGGCCAAUGUAUUUAAUAUAUACUGCUCAUUAAAGUGUCAUGUACUCGGGAAAAUAGGGCAAAGUACUGAAUAUCCAAAUAUUGCCCUUUGGUGCUUCCCUGAUGAAUGGUAAAAAUAUGUCAAUAUAAGUAUAACAAAUAAUAAUUCCCUGCUGUUUACAGUUUAAAUUUUUUGGAUCUGUUAACUACCUAUUUCCGGCUCUUUGAAAUAAAGGUCCUUGUCGUUUUUGGUAAGGUACCCUGUGGUAUAUAGUGGAAGCAGCAAUACAGGAAGCUGUUUAAAUUAUCUGCUCAAGCAGCUUUCGAUAUAGCUUGUUCAUUUCUUCAUCCCUAUCGGUUAUUCAUUAAAUAAACGGCUCUUCGGAUCGGAGUUAAAUUUAGAUUGAGAACAGCAAGUGUGGGCAUGUUAUUGUGAACGGCCCCAGAGUUCCUGUACUUAAGUGAGAUGGGCGGUGCAGAACUUUAAUAAAAAAUAAAAAUGCAA